AUGAAUCUUGCCAAUGAACCGAAGUUCCAAAUACAAGUUGAUGAAACAGAGGAUACAGAGUGGAACGAUAUUUUGAGGCAGCAUGGUGUCAUCCCAGAACGGCCACCUUCACCGACCGCACAGCUCGAGGAAGCGCUCGAGGAAGUGCUACAGAGACAACACGAGAAUAGAUUAGAGAACAAAGACCUCUCUGAACUGGAGGAGCUGGAGGAUGAGGAGGAUGAUGAAUUUUUGGAGUUUUACAAACGUAAGAGAAUGGCAGAAAUGCAGAAGCAACAAAGAAGCGCAAAGUAUGGGGACGUCUACCACAUCAAUAAGCCGGAAUACAAUGAUGAAAUCACAGAGUGCAGCAAACAGGGGGAAGGUGUCUACGUGUUUGUGCACCUGUCGUCCGAGGGUAAGCUGCAGAGCAGGCUGCUUUCAUCCCUCUUCCAGCAGGCAGCGCGGAAGUUCCCGCAGGUGAAGUUCGUUGAGAUCCUCGCAAAUAGAGCCAUUGAGAACUACCCAGAAUCCAACGCGCCGACACUACUGGUAUACUACAAGGGUGACGUGGUUAAGAACUUGGUCACCUUGCUGGAACUUGGCGGGAACAGCAGCACGCUGCAAGAUCUAGAGGGCCUGCUGAUCAAAGUGGGCGCUGUGGCCCAAAAUGACAACAGGUUGCUCAUUAACCAAGACGAUGAAGAAUCCAUGGCAGAACGUCAACUACGAUACUCCAAUACGAAGGGCGUGCGGUCCGGUAUUUCCCGACGGUUCGACGUGGGAGCGAGGUACGAUGCAGACGAUGAGCAUGAUGACUUUUUUGACUAG